GUAGAUCUGUGCGGACGGAUUUCGUGUCUGUUGAGCAAAAUAUUUACAACAUACACAAGACACAUUGCAGCGUUUUGUCUCAGUAGUGGUUCAGUGAAAGACUGUUGGUGGCGGUGGUUGUAUAUUUAACCAGGCCGCGGUAGCCAUUUUACAUGUAUUAGGUAAGAACUAAGUGACAUCGCGGAUUGAUCGCGACGGCGCGCUUCGUGUUUUCCUUUUAGAGAGAACGGCACGGGGUUUGGGGGGAAACGGAGAGGCGACGCGCUGCGAGCUUGUAGCCGGUUUGAAGGCGCUCUCUCUCGGGGGCAGCAGCAAUAACACCAGGAAAAGUCAGAACUUUGCAGUUGAGAUUCGUUCGUUUGUUUUGCUUUCAUUUCAGUUUAUUUAAUGCCCCUGCCUUGUAAUAUUUACUGCGUACACAACCACAGACGGCUGUUCGGCGUUUAGGCGUCUCACGUUUUCUCAUGAAUAGGAUGUUAUCAAGCCCAGCGGGUUCGGCACUGAGCGGAAACGGAUCAGCGGGCGCGACUGGGGCGGCUCACGGCUCUGUGGUGCUCGGCGGCGGGCUGCGUACUGGGCUCGCCCGGGCCGGACAGGCAGUGAAUACAGCAGGCUCUUUCCCGGGUGCUGCAGGACGUGUGGGGGAGAGCGUUGGGAUGCUUGGAGGUAGCGGGCCUGGGAUCUCUUCCAGACCGGGUGUCAGACCCGGGAACGGCAGCGGGCUGACCUCACUUCAGGCCGCCGCUCAGCCCGGCGUUGGGGGACUUGGUGCGAUGUCAGCCAGGUUUGACCGGGACAAAGAAGUCGGCAUACCGCAGGUGUGCAGCGCCUCGGACGCGGACUCCGAAUCGGGGGAUGAGGACGAACCGACUGGUUCUUCUGGGAGUAGCAGACGGGGCGUGAAGCGGGAGAGAGCCGAGAUGGAAGGCGCCGGAAUCGGCCAGGAGGCCGGAGCUCCACCGGUGGGUUACGGGGUGCUGACUGGCGGAGUCGCCGGAGCAAAACCGGGCAAAAAAACACGCGGGCGAGUAAAGAUUAAGAUGGAGUUCAUAGACAACAAGCUGCGGCGGUACACGACUUUCAGCAAGAGGAAGACCGGUAUUAUGAAAAAGGCAUAUGAGCUCUCCACACUAACAGGCACUCAGGUGCUGCUCCUGGUGGCGAGUGAAACGGGCCAUGUGUACACGUUCGCCACACGCAAGCUUCAACCCAUGAUUACCAGUGAGACGGGCAAAGCUCUGAUCCAAACAUGCCUGAACUCUCCAGACUCUCCUCCGCGCUCAGACCCAUCCACAGACCAGCGCAUGAGUGCCACAGGCUUUGAGGAGACCGACCUCACCUAUCAGGUGUCUGAAUCUGAGAGCCUCGGAGAAACCAAGGACACUCUGAAGCCAGCCUUCACUGUGGCCAGCCUGCCAGGUAGCACUAGUGCCCAGGCCACAGUGCCCACCACCUCCACCACCAUGCAGGUGAGCAGCAGCCCCUCCUUCCCAAUCACCAACUACCUGGCACCCGUGUCUGGCAGCAGCGGGAGCACCACAGCCAACACUAAUGGCACUGUUCUGAAGAGUGCAGCUGCCACCGGAGGGGUCAUGCAGCUCCCUGGAGGCUUCACUUUUAUGUCAGCAGGCACUCCUUUCCCUCCUGGGACUCCGACCAUCCCGUUGGGGCAGCUGCAGCAACACUCUCUGGCUCUACAGGGGCAACAGGGUCAAACUCUAACGACUGCCACUGUUACAGCUUCACAGACCCCACAGGGCCAACAAGCUGUGUUUCGUCUCCCCGCUGCAGUCUCUCUCACAGGUGGAACGGUGCCCCAGCAGCUCCAGGCCAUCCAGGUGCAGCCCAGCGCUCAGUCCAGCUCCAUCAACACUGAUAGCAGCAGCCCUGAGAUCUCCCAAACUAGCACCGCCUCCACAGAUGCUUCAGGAUGUUGCGGGCUGAUUGGUUCUCCAUGCGUCUUAUUUGAAGCAGUUAAUACCACAGUCAGUCUCCCUGCUACUAUCAUCACAUCAUCCGUGCCCACUUCUGUAGCAGGUCACAUGAUGUACCCAAGCCCCCAUGCAGUGAUGUACGCCUCGGCCCCCACGUUGACCGACGGUGGUCUGGCUGUGCUCAACGCCUUCUCCCAGGGCACCUCGGCCAUGCAAGUGUCCCAUGCACAGGCCUCAGAUACAGGUGCUGUUCCUCAGGUGUUCCUCACAGCACCCCCUGGCACGGUGCAGAUCCCCGUUUCAGCGGUGCAGAUACAUCCAGUACGGCAAGAUCUCCACUUUACAAGUGAAACUCUUAAUAUUCUCUCUGCAACAGCAUGCCACUGAGUGAACUAACCCACCGCAGAGAGGAGGAGAUGGUGAUUGGCCAGCAGUCCAGCGGCAGUAACAGUAACCUGACAGAGCUUCAGGUAGUGAAUCUGGACACAACUCAGAGCAGCAAGAAUGAUUGAUUGACAGGCACCACUGACUGAAGGCUCAGCAGAGACUUACAUCACUAUUUAUUGAUGCCUUGUUCCAUUUCGAAGCAUUUCAUCCAUUUACGCCAUCAGUGUGUGUGACUCUACAGUUUGUACUGUUACUGUGCGUUCUGACCUCACAAGGACACUGACGAAUUGAGAGAAAGUAAGUCUUCUUGGUUCUGAUGUGCGUGUUGAAAUUUCUAGGACUUUAAUUCUGACAUGCGUUUUUUGCAUGUUAUUUGUACGUGUGUGAAUAUAUGAGCUUUAGAUUCAUCAAAGGGAAAUGAAACAGUGUUAACUGUUGCGCACACUGCAGCCUCUCACUUUGGCCAAAGAUGAAUUAUUUUGUCAGUAUUUGUGUGGAUCUAUAUAUUUGUGUGUUUUUGUGUGCUUGAAUAGAAGAAAAGGUGUGAACUCUAUCUGGUGAAAAGUGAUCCCAACUAAGAACGGAUACUGAAAGGUGGUGGCUUUGAAGAAAAUCAAAUUGGAGCUGUACAUAUUUUUUAUUUUAUUACUUUAGCAAUAGUGCAAUGGCAUGUGCUGUUUGUGGGUUUUUUGUUUGUUUGUUUUUUAAGAUGUUAUGUUUUGUAUUUUACUUAUACAAAAAUAUUUACCAAUUGUAAAUUUAUGUAAUAUACAUAUAUAUUUUAUUGAUUAUACGAUAAAGGAGAAAGUGAAUUUUUUUCGUCAAGAUUGUUUAUACAAAAAAAACUCAUGAUUUCAAAACUUUUACUGUAUUCUGUAGGCAGAAUCUGUACUGCAUUGGCCAACUGUCUCUGUGCUUUAGUACUGUUACUGAAGACUGUAGCAGACCAGCUGAAAUCACUGCACUCUACUAGUAUUCAGUACCUUGUAUAAAUAUUCACCCCCUCCUUGGACAUUCCCACACUUUGUAGUUUUGCAGCCUGGAACUGAAAUGGAUAUAAUUGCGCUUUGAUAUGGUGAAACUACACAAGCUAAUCACUAACUAAUGUCCGCCUUACCAGUUUGCUGACAUGUAGAUCAUAGCCAUAUUGAAAUUACCCCCAAUUUGGUCAUUUGCCAAUUUCCCCCACGUAUCAGCUUGUUCUCUUCUACCACACAGCAGCAGGUAAUUUAGAUAAAGAAAAUGAAGCACAUUUGAAAAAUGUGAAGCCUGCCAUUGAUGCUUUUAAUUCAGUGUAUUAUUAUAACAUGGUUUAACACAUUUGUGGGGAGGGGAGCAUGAACUGCCCUCAUCUGCAUACACGGCUUCUCACAACUCAAUCGGUUAGUGUUCAUCAGAUGGACCGGUGAGGAGAAGAAGCAAAGUUAACCACUGAUUAUGUUUUCCGUCCCUGGUUGUAACAGAAAAUAAAUAAAUGAACGAAUUAAUAAAUAAUGUAAAAUAAAUAAAUAAAAAUAAUAAUUCAAGGUGGGUAGGAGGGUUGAAUACUUUUGCAAGGUACUGUAAGUGUUAAUCACACACAAAACUGAGUCAGUGAGAUUGUACAGAGGAUAUGAAAUGGGAAUGUCAUGUUCUCAGAUGUUUGAACCUUAUUGGAAAAAGGUACAAUAUACUUUGUAUACAUUAACACUAAAGCCUUUGAAAAUUCACAUCAAACUGUUAUGCAGUUUGUCAGAGCUUCAGGUGACUCGAAUAACCAUGUAAUGAGAGCAACCUGAACUCCUUCAUUCUGAAGUCACUGUUUGUGCUUAAGGGCUCUGUUGACUGUUAAUUUGUCUAAAAACUUGUUCACAAUGCAAGCGGAUUUCUCUGUUUAUUUUAACCAGCUACAAUCAUGAUAAAAACCUGCUGAAAUCACAGCCUCAGUUUUUUGUGCUCUGUCCCAGUUUUGUCAGCCACUGGUUCUGAACCAGGCCUCAAUAUGUGGGAGCGUUUGGACUGGUUCAUUAUAUUUAGUUCUUUUUCUUUUUUUUUUUCUCCCCCUAUUCCUGUUUAACACACUGAUUUCUUCUUUUACCAAAACGACAAAGUAUGAUCAUGCUGCAGCUCACACACUUUGCCCUUAUGCCUUUUUGUAGAAAUGCUGUAUUUUGGAAUUGUAUUGUACAUGUUUAUUUAUAUCUGCCUUUUUGUGGGAAUGGCUUUCUGUUCUUGGUUGAUGCGGCUUUCACAGUUUUGUUAAUCAGUGCCCAGUUUAGCAUUCGGUGGCAUGGACUUGUGCAAGGUUCUCUUUAAGCCAAACACUGUUUCUCCUUCACUCUGUUUUCUCCUUUUAGAAAAUGUGAAAUCAGUCACUGAAACCUUUUUGUUUAAUACAUUUUUAGAUGUUUGUUUUAUAGUUCUGAAGUGGUGUGAGAAACCGAAUGAACACUGGUUCCUUUAUUGUUAGAAUUUUAAGGUUGUUGCUUGCUUUUCCAUUUAUUGUUAUUUUUCUUCUUUUUUUGGGGAAUCUUCAUGUAACAGUAAGUGUACAGAAAAUUUUGUAAUAAAAAAAAUCUAUUGA